AUGAAAAAGAACACAUACAAAAAUAUAAUAAAAAUAUUUUAGCACGAUUUUUGCAAUAAACGGCGUUAAAUGAAAUGCAAUGCUACAUAUACAAUAUUAAAAAUAUCUGUUCCUACUUCCGAUAAGCAUUCUGAGAUAUCUGUUACAAUACAAAACAUAUGUAAACAUAUAAAAAAAAUUUAAAAAAGUCUAUGCCAUAAUUCAUGCUUAUAAUAUUGUUGACCAGCUAAACGACUACCGCCUUCUCAAGGUAGAUUUUUCUACAGAGUUAAAUUACGUCCAGAACUUUAGGAGUAUUUAAGCACUUCGAAGAAAUUAUUGUUGAUAUUUACUUGUUAUGUUUCUUAUCUUCAGACGUAUUAUGAUCAAGGUUCAUGCGAGCUGGGUGAUCAUAUGGAUCCUUUUGCUUCAACUUGCUACAGUAACAACAUGCCCUUUGGGUUGCAACUGCCACAGAGACAAUACAAACUGCAGAAACGCCUCGCUGACAUCAGUUCCUGCCAACGUGACGAGCAACACGACAGCCAUCGACAUUUCCUUCAACAUAAUUUCUUGCUUAAGGAAUAAAGACUUCGUUAAUCUGACACACCUCAAGACCAUCUUCCUGAACAACAAUAAUAUCUCACAAUUAGAACCGUAUGUCUUUCAUCAGACGAAAAAACUUCUUCUUCUCUACUUAAAUAACAACAAAAUUGUUGAAAUUAAUGACAGUUUGUUUCAGUUCUUGACAAAUCUAAAAUAUUUACAUCUGCAAGACAACAGACUACGGCAUAUCCAGCCAUGGCUUUUCAAGUACAAUCCCGAUCUGUUAAUAUUAGACAUCAGUGGAAAUAAUAUUAUUAAUUUUGAACCAAACACAUUCAUCAGCAAUCACAUUCUUUCUUGGGUGAACAUCAAAGGUAACCCUCUAGCCAUGCCUGUAAAAUGGAAGACACUUCUUAACAGUUCACUUAACGUCUUAGACAUCGAGUUUUGUGAUGCACCAAGACCAUCUAUCAGAGCUUUUCAAAAUAUUCCAGUUCUGAGGAUGACGGGGCCAAAGAAUAAAGCAGUUCUAAGUCUCCAUGAAUUUACAUCAUUCCAAGACAUUCUUGGACUGGAUGUGAAUGAAAUUAUGUACCUCAAAUUGAAACUGUUUCGUCGUUUAUACAGUCUGAGUUAUGGACUGAUUUAUAACAUGACAAUUGGAGAAGAUUUGAAUGUCGUGUCUUUGACAGGCGAGGACAUUUUAUGUUAUUGCGAAAAUCAAAACCUCUGGUUCUGGUGUAACGAACAAUCACCAACACCUUGUCCAAAGAUUACGACAAACUCAGAAAAAUACAAGUUUUUGGAAUGCGACAUUCAGAGCUAUCAUGUGAACGAUACUCUAGAAGAUCAGCAUAAAAGCAAUAUAUCAGAUAAGGGCAGAAGAAACAGAGCAUUUUGGUUAUUUCGUCAUCCAGUUAGCUGGAAAACAAUCAGAAAAACGUUAUUGUACGCUUCAGUACCGGGAUGUAUUAUCAUCUUAGUGAUUGGUGUGUACAUAGUGAAACGCGUACGGAGACAGAGAGACAGAAAAAGGACUGAAACUUCGGCAGUCUACUCAGAACUGAACACUUCCAGCAGUUACUGAACGGAAGACAAUCAUCUUCGAUACGUCGAUGACGCAGAUCAUGGAUUUCCUUGACAAAUCUGCUUCGCUCACAACGCUUAUGAAGUAAAAACAUGUCGUACAGAAACCAAUGUAUGCAAAUUGCUGUAAGUUUGUACAUGACCUUCAGCUUAGCGCACGCAGUUGAAGCGUUCGACUCGUGAGCACAACCCAUUUUCAACUUCUGUGCGCUCAAAGUCAUGGGUUCGCAGUUACCUUCUUGCUUACUUGACUGCCAGAUGGGAAAUACAUUGGUCGGUCUAGAUGUUUUGUUCCCAAAAUUCCAAAUGAAUUUCGAUAACACCACUGCUGUCGGACUUGCUGGAGAACACGUCAAUAGGAAGCUCCAGGAAAACAAAGACGUACUGGAUAUGGAUGGAACACACCAGCUGCUGGUAAACGCUGUGGUACUUCACCGGGCAACAACAAGAACACCAUAAAGAGAAACUCCAUUACAUGGUAUUUAGCGAGCUGGGUGUAGGAGUACAUGCAUGUCUCGUCACCACACUGCAAUACAAUAUUUUGACAAAGUUAUAUACAUAUGGACGAGAUUGUAACGUAACAAAUUGUGUUGUGUUGUGUUGUUACCUAAAAACGCAAAGAAUAAAUAUAUGAAAAAAU